AGAUGAUACUCUCCUUACACCAGAUCAAGUAAUUUAUGCAUAUGUGCGACGAGCCGUCUUCGACUGUUCUGCUUGGCAUUGCGAGCAAGCGUAAGCUUUGAUCGACACUAGAUUCUUCGUUGAUUUUUGCGGUGAUGAGAGAUACCCGAAAUGGCGUUGGCGAAGGCGAAGACCAUGUUUGCGACGCAGGAGGGGCCUGCAAACGCUCUGGCUCUCAACAAGGAUUUUAGCCAGGUUGUGAUCGCAGGCAGAAACGUUUUCAAGGUUUUCCUCAUCGAAUCCGAUGCUUUUGUGGAAGUCUGCAAUCUGCGCGUCGGCAAGAACAUCAACCUCAACUUUUCCUGCAAUGACGUCGCCUGGAAUGCUUACGAUGAGAACAUUUUGGCCACGGCAGCCACAAACGGCGCGGUCGUGGUUUGGAACCUGAACAAGCCUACCAGGUCUAAACAAGAGCAUGUCUUCAAUGACCACCGACGCACCGUCAACAAGGUCAGCUUCCAUCAGACCGAACCCUUCUGGCUAAUAUCUGGCUCUCAAGAUGGCACCAUGAAAUGCUUUGACAUUCGGAUCAAAGAGGUCACGCGGACCUUCAUCAGCAAAACUGAGAGUGUGAGAGAUGUGCAGUUUAGCCCUCACCAGAUGCACACCUUCGCGGCUGUUUCAGAAAAUGGAAAUGUACAGCUGUGGGAUCUGAGGAAACCUGAAAAGUGUUUACACCAAUUCACAGCCCACAGUGGUCCAAUAUUCGCGUGUGACUGGCAUCCUGAAACUACCUGGCUGGCAACAGCUUCCAGGGACAAAACAAUUAAGGUUUGGGACUUAGCGACGAUCAACAAGCCUGUGUGCGAGCACAUCAUUCCAACGAUCGCGUCCGUGGGACACAUCAAGUGGCGGCCGCAGCGCAAGUACCACAUCGCAAGUAGUGCCCUGGUGGUCGACUGCAGCGUCAACGUUUGGGACGUGCGGAGGCCUUACAUCGCGUUCGCCUCGUUCAAUGAACACCAGGACGUGGCGACCGGAGUGGCGUGGCGCGGCGACCCACACGUUAUUCUGUCCACCAGCAAGGACUUCACCUUGUAUCAGCACGUGUUCAAAGACGCCGCCAGACCAGAGAGCAAGGCCAAUCCUCAGGGCAUCGCCUUCAACAGCAAGGGAGACAUGUCGUUCUCCUGCAAAAUCAGCAUCAACCCUGGAACGCUGUCCAAACUGCCCAAUCUCUUAAGGAAAACACCUCAGCACAGUGACCAGUUCUGCUCAGUCACAAGUUCGAUGCACACAUUCUUAUCAAAGGCGCAGAAGGAAGUUAAAUGCUUCUUGGAAUGCGCGAGAAGGUAUCAGCUCUCGGGAAAACCUCUCGCCGAACUCUGUGAUCACAAUGCUGCAGUGGCCAAGCAGCUUGGCAGGCAUCAGGUGAGUCUAGUCUGGGGCGUCGUGAAAACGCUGUACUGCACCCCCAACACAGGCAAGGUCACUGACCUGCAGCAGACGCCGUCGGGCAAGGACUCGCGCGACGACCCCAACAUAACACCAGGGGGUGCGUCAGAGGCGCACAAUGGCACCGACCUGCGGCACACAGACAAAAAUGAGAAGGGAGAGCCAAAUGGCGUGCCUCAGAACGAGGACAACGACACUGAGACUGAAGAACCUGAGCAGCAGGACCGGAACCUGAGCACCAUCGCCACUGGGCUGGCUAUCAACCAGGGGGACUUCUUCUUUGGCGACGGCGCCGAGGGCGAAAUGGACCAGCUGCGCAUUGACGAUGACCAGAUGAGCACCGAGGACAUGCAGCAAGAGUGGACGCUGCCCACCGAGGCUUUCAAUCUGCGACAUGAAAUUGAGGACCGAUCGCCGCCGCCAGAGCAGUUUCCCAAUCAUUGUGCAGUUGAAAUGUUUGAUGUUCCCCCUGAUGAGGGCAACCUGAUUCUUCCUUUGAUAGACAUUACUGGCCUGCCCCGCCUGAGCCAUUGGGACCCAAGCGAGUUGAUUGCGUCUGCCCUGAACAAACACGCGGAGAGUAGUGACGUGCAGACUGCCGCCUCAGUCCUUUUGGUUUUGGGCGAGAAAAGGAUGGCGCUAAUUGAUGAGUUCAAACAGGAGCAGUGGAUCCUCGGCUACUUGGAGCUUCUUGGCAGGCACAAAUUGUGGAAUACUGCUACUCAGGUGAUCAAGCACAGUUGGCUUCCAAGCAUCACCCAGCUAAACCAGCAGAGCACCACCCUGCCGACGAAUUGCGAGACGUGCAGUCGACCGCUGCGGCGCAGCGGCUGGCACUGCGACAACUGCCGGCAGUGGUGCGGCAAGUGCGCCGUCUGCAACGAACUGGUCAAGGGCGUGUUCUCGUGGUGCCAGGGCUGCUCGCACGGCGGCCACCUGGCGCACAUGCGUGACUGGCUGCAGAAGCACAGGUUGUGUCCCGCUGGCUGCGGACACGCCUGUGAGUUUGACUGAGGGAACGCGGUGAAGUACUUUUUGCAGUGUUGUUGCCUUGAGUGACUGGAUUCGGAGCUUGCUGAUUGACUGAGGGAGAGCAAGUAAUGAACCUUUCGUAAGAGCUGGCUACUCUCUUAUUAUAUGGCUUUAAUUUGUUUCAUUAGCUUUUAUUAUGGCCAUCCCAUCUAUAUUUUUAAUGGGGCAUAAAUUUUUGUUUAUUUUUUGUUAAAAAUUAGGUAUAAAUUAUUUUUAUUAUUUGCAUUAAAUACUGUGAACUUAUUUAUUGAAAAAAGGUAUCUGUUACGCUCUUUCUAGUAAUUGCAGCCACUGCCAAGCUCAUAUCGAGUUUUUCCAGCUCAACCAGGCUACGUUCAUUUUGAGGCUAUCGUCGCAAUGAGUCUCCUAUUCCUGCCCAAAGAUUGUUAUGUUAAAUAUGCAAUGAAUUGCGUAAGGCUGUCAAAACUUGUGACGAUCAUGAUAAUAUUAUGUUAUGAAUAAAAUCUCAAUGAAAUUUUGGUCAAAUUUGUGCAACGUUUAAUUGAAACAAGCUGUACAUCACCACAAGCACUCUAUAACGAUUAAUUAUUGCAUCGAUCAACAAUCUCACAAAGUGCAGCAUUGUUUUUCUUUGCAGAUUUUCUAACUUACUCGUUUGCCAUUUUUGUUUUGUAUCGAAAAACAGAUAUUAUUUUACCUUAAUUUUGUUGCCGACAAACUCUCGUAUUUACACACUCAGAAGUCUCUUUCGAAUACCGUCUCAUCCUAGAAUCAUCUUAAAUAUGUACACAAAAUUCGACGAUCCCGCACGUAUAUAGUUUGUUGUCAUGCCAAAUUCAGGAACAAGAAUAGCUAAAAAUUAAAAA